AUGGAGGCUAUCACUAAUGUUGCACUAUUGGGGAAAGGGUGGCUGGGGUCUGCAAUUCUUGAGCAGCUGCUGAAAUCUGGGUUUCACGUUACGGUUCUGAGUCGUACUGCAAGCCAAGAUGCAAAGUUCAAGACCGUGCAAGUUGAUUAUUCUUCUAUCGACAGCCUCGCGGCAGCCUUGAAAGGCCACCACGCAGUGGUAUCUACUGUUGGUACCGCCGGAAUAAUGGCACAGAAGAUAGCGAUUGAUGCUAGCAUUCGGGCCGGUGUCAGACGAUUUAUCCCUUCGGACUUUGGCGCUCUGACUACUCGACCGGGGGCGGAAUCUCUCCCGUUCAAUGCCUUAUGGGUAGAAAUUCAGAAAUACCUCAAAGAGAAAGCCCUAGCCGGGGAUAUUGAGUACACACUCUUUGCUGUUGGGCCCUUCCUGGAGUUCGUCAUGUCUAUGCCCUUCUUGGCCAAUCUCCAAACCCAAGAAGUCAAACUGUACGAUGAUGGCCAACAUCCUUUCAGUUCGACGAGUAUAUCCAGUGUCGGAAGGGCCGUUUCCGGUGCCCUGAGAAACGCAGAAGCGACAAAAAAUCGCUUGGUCACGGUUCAUGACGUCGUGUUGGCCCAGAGCAAAGUCUUGAGCCUUGCGAAGAAAUACUCCGGACCAGAGGCUCAAUGGAUCAUCAAUCCAGUAAGCUCCGCAGCCGAGUUUGAGUCGACUCUUGGAUCUAUCGAAAAGAAUGGCCUGGAUCUCUUCAACACCCUGGCACUGCUCAAAGCUGCACUCUUUGGUGGAAAAUACGAUACCAAGUUUGAGAGCUUGGAUAACGAACUUAUCGAUUUGCCCAUCCUAUCCGAAUCUCAGCUUGAAGAGAAGUUUGCGGCUGGUUUCAAAACCAUGGCUGCUUCAAUGCAGGAAUUUCAGGGCAAGCAUGAUGGUAUUGAAGCGCAGGCUUGA